CAUUCUUCGAUUUUUCACCAAAAAAAUAACAUUAAACGGCUCUACCUUAAAAUUAAAUGGCACAAGGACGUGACGACAAAGGAAUAAAAAUGGAUUUCUCUAACAAUAAAUGGCGAAUCUGCAACAUAUUAAGAAAGGAUUCUAUGAUUAUUAUCUGAGAGCUUAAACAAAGAGGAACCAGUUAAAGCAUACGAAUAAUCAGAUAAGAAACUGAACAUUUCUACGGGCACGUUAUAUUCUACAUCCGAAUGAACAAUCUUUCAAUUUUCGACGGUGCUUUCUCUUUCGUGCGGUGUUAAAUAUAUUUUGUUUUUACACGAAGAAUAAAUUAUUAUAAAGGCUAAAAGAGAAUUGUGCCUUUCUAUCUUGGGUAGAAAGAAAAAAAAGAAAAAAAGAAAAUUAUCUUUUCACCGACGUAGCUGCGUGCUGUUGCGAAAGAAAGGAUGCGCGUUAAAUCCGUCGCGCUCGAGAGAACACGAAUUUCUAUGUUUUCGCGUAACUCGAUGCCAAAGAAGAAGACGAAGACCACGCAAACGAUGUAGUAGGCGUACGUAGAACAUGGCCGUUAUUUCCUGCCAGAAAUGAUUGUCGCGAACGAUGCUUAAGCAGCAGUCAUUUAAGUCCAUAAGUAUAUAUACUUAUAUAUGCAAGUAUUACAUAUGAUGAGAGAAGUUGCCGUUCCGACGAUUCUACUGGUGAUAUCUUCAAGAACGUACCAAAGGAUAGCAGUACUUUCCGAGUCUGGAAAAUUGAGCAAGGUUUACGUGCCACAGCUGUUUCAACAAAUAACAUAGGAUUUUUCCUAACGGAAUCAGCCUAUAUUAUUUAUGCAGUAUCUUCCAAAGAUGGUCCUCUGCCGUAUCCUGGAAUGCCGAUAAAGGAUUUAAAAGGAGUAUCUUCGAUACGUGCCAUCCAUUUUUGGAUUGGAUCCAGUUGCGAUGCUACGAUUUCCGGUGCCGCAGCCUUACGUGCAGCCGAAUUAGAUUCACAGAUUUCAGCGACAAUUCUAUCGAGGGAGGCUCAAGAACGUGAAAGUCCUAGAUUUCUUUCGUAUUUCCGACAAAGGCUCGUCAUAGAGAAUCUUCAUUUCGAGACACCGACUUGUACGAUGCACAGGGUUUCCGGAAUUACGAUACCGAUUUUGAUCGAACUAGACAAAGUUCGUUGGGAAAAUUUCACGUCCAAAGAUGUGAUUCUAAUAGAUGUUCAUUCAAGAGGUACAGUAUUUCUGUGGCUCGGAUCGUCUGCCGAUCCGUUACAUAAGAGACACGCGGCAGCUAUUUUAGAAGAAAGGAAAGAGAAUAAUAACGACGUUAGAGUGAUUAUCGUCGAGGAUGGCUACGAACAGACCCUUCCAAAAGGAGACAGGCACCUUUUUGCUACCGUCCUAGAUCCUUCCUGUAGAACAGUGGCACCAGACCGUCUUCAUCGAAUCAACAUACCUGCUCCUGUCAAACUCUAUAAAUGCUGCGAACAAUCUGGAAAAUAUAAAGUUGCUGAACUUAAGUCCGGUCCGAUCUUACGUACCGAUCUCACUUCUGGAUCCGUAUAUCUGAUAGAUCGUGGAGAGACUGGUGUUUGGGCUUGGGUUGGACGAGACGUUAACACUCGAGAAAAGCUAGAAGCUGUCCGAAACGCUCGUGGCUUCGUAAAGAAGAAGAAUUAUAGCGCGACGAUACCAGUUGCUAGAGCUAUCCAAGGUUAUGAACCAAUCGAAAUGAAAGCUCUGUUGAGAGGAUGGGAACCCUCCAAGAUGAGACCAUUAACAUUGCCACCUACUUUUGAACCCGAUUACAUGAACGAGAGACCCAGAAUGGCAGCCGAAUGUCAAUUGAUCGAUGAUGGUUCUGGUGAGAAAACUCUAUGGAGAGUUAAUCAGAAGGAGGGCAUGAUCGAAGUCGUUGACAGAGCAAUUUACUAUGCCGAGGCAUGUUAUGUUAUGAGAUAUAAAUAUGGCCAGGGUCGUAGGUGCAGAACGAUAGUAUACUGUUGGGAAGGUGUUCAUACUAUAAAAUUUGACAGAGAGGCUGCUUUGGAUAUGGCUUGUCGCAUAGCUGAAGAGGAGUCUGGUCAACUGAUAAAAGCUUCUCAGGGCAGGGAGCCACCACAUAUGUUGCAAAUAUAUAAUGGCACAUUGAAGAUACUUGCUGGACGUCAUCGUGAUUUUCCGCCAGAAAAAUAUCUUGUAAGGGUAUUCGGAUCGACGCCGUACACGUCGAAAGCCGUUGAACGUCCUGCGAGAUCCAGUAGUUUAGAUUCUAGCGGUGUUUUCAUACUAUUCUCAUCUAAUCCAGUUGUCUGGUGUGGUGCUAGAAGUACCGGUGAUGCCAGACAAGCUUCUCGACGUCUUGCACCGAAAAAUGCACCACUUGUUUUAGAGAGUAAAGAAGGCAACGAAUUCUGGGCAGAGCUGGGAGGUCGUGGAACGUACGGCACAGAGGUUGCUGAAAGCGAAGAGGAACAGGAGAAACAUCUCUUUCGAUGUCAAACGGAGGGUAAUAUUUUUGUUGGCGAAGAAGUUCUUGGCUUUGGACAAAGUUCACUUAUUCCGGAGGCUACGUGGUUACUGGAUGCUGGAAAUAUGAUUUGGAUUUGGUUAGGCAAAUUAUCAGCAACAAAAUCUUUGAAAGAGUGUGUAGAAGAUGCAAUGAUAUUCUUGUACAGCCAUCCGGCAGGGAGAGACCGUAAUACAACGAUUUCUAUAAUUAAGCAAGGGAUGGAACCACCAACUUUUAUAGGACUUUUUGAAAAUUGGAAUCAUAAUCUACUACGAGAUUAUAAAUCUUUUGAAAUAAUAUGUAGCUCUUUACAAGAGAAAGAAUUGUCUAUUAAGAUACAGACAACCGGAAAAGUAACAACGGAAUUUGAUAACUUCAUUAAAUAUCCGUUAUCGGUAUUGAAAAACGACGCUGAAAAUUUGCCAACUGGUGUUGAUGUUGCACGGAAAGAAAUGCACCUUACCUUUGAUAAUUUUAUAGCGAUAUUUAAAAUGGAGCCUGCCGAAUUUGAGAAACUUCCUGCCUGGAAGAGGCAGAGGUUGAAGCAGUCAGCAGGACUCUUCUAAUCACUGCGAAAAUUUCAAACUUCAAUUUCCCAUGUGCACAUUUUAUUAUAAAUUCAUUAAAAUAAAUGCGUUAAUCUUACUUUACUAUUUGGACUUCAAAUAUGUAUUUUCGCGAUGGUUUCUAAAAAUAAAACAAAGAAACCUAAAAAAUUCCUCACCUAUGUAGAUAUAUAUAUAUAUAUAUAUAUAUAUAUAUUAUAUAUGUAAGAUUUUAUUAAGGAAAAUUCACAAAUUUUAUCAAUUUAAUAUUAAAUUAAGAGCAGACUCUAUCUUCAAGAAGAAGUAUCCAUUGGUUCAGCUUCCACUACACGAACUGUUUCUUCUUCUAUAAUUAUAGGACGCACAGUUUUAGUAAGAAUCGCAGUAGUUCCCUUUUUAUAUCUAUAAGACGCUUGACGUUCUCCUUUUACAUUGGCUAUAUCAUAAGGACGCAGAUAAUCGACAGAUCCUUUGCGUAUAACGCACAAAUCUACAUUUGAGCCAGAUGCUAAGUCAUUGAAAACACCCGCUCGAAUAGCAUCUGCAACCAACCCUUUGGCUUCUUCCUCCUAUUAAAUAUAUUAAUAUUUAAGAUACAAGUGUUUUAAGAUACAAGUUGAAAAUUUUGAGUUUUGGUUAAGAAAAAGAAAUUGUAUACCGUCAGGUCAGGUUUCCAUCUACUUUCAAGUACAGCCAUUGCAGCUAAUGAUCCCGAGCCCAUACUGGUGAACAUAUAUUUUUCACUAGAUCCAUGAGGAAAAAUAGCAUACAAAUGUGGACCAUCUAAAUCAACACCACCUAACACCAAAGCUACACCAAUAUGACCUUGAUGCCGAAACAAAAAUUGUUUGAACAUCGAAUUGGCAGUGCAAACGGGUACAAUACGACCAGUGUUUAAACGAUGUAAUUCCAAUUGGCUAGCAAUCAUUUGACAAGUCAUCUCAUUAUCCGCUGCAGUUCCUGCUCCGCAACAGCUGAAUCAAUACAAUGAUUAUCGCAUUAUUGCAUCUUAAUUAACUUAAAACUGAAGAUAUAUAUUCUAUUUAACAAUUGAUAAUUUUAAUAAUGAUUGUAACAGUUUACUUACUACAUGUUCUGAGCAAGGUAGUGAAUUUUUCUAGAAUUUUUAUCUGCCACAAUAGAAUCUUCGGUGGCACGUGUAUCACCUCCAAGAACAACUCCAUCUUUGAAAACAACUCCUGCAAUAGUAGUACCUGUCUUAAUAGCGGACGGAGCCUUAAAUCCUUUCUUUAAUAAAAACUUAUUCCUGCAAAAAUAAAUAUUCGACGUUACAAAUUAAAUCUAUUCAAUAUAAAAAUAAAGAUAAUAAGUAAAUACAUAAAAAAAGUGUUCUUAUGUUUUAUAAAGAGCAAAGAGUUUAAAAUGACACAGCAAUAUUAUUCAAAUUAAGGUUAUGUACGCUGUGAAAUAAACAUUUAAGGCAAAUUUGGCUGACAAUUUGUUAUUUGAAAUAUUAUUUCCUUACCGCUGGCAGAGAUCGAAAGAAAAUCCUGGAGCAGGAAUUUCGGGUACAAGGACAGUAGACAUAAUGUACGAUUAAACGAACUCGACUCAAGUCAAAUCAAACAGUAAGCAAAAUUCGGAACAACUAGUUAAAUUCAUGUAUUGUCGACAGGAUCGCUAGUAUCGCUACCGUAAUUUAAACACAAUAAUAAACGUUUUCAUCAAUUAUAUAAAAUCUAUGGAUAUCUGAUACGCCAAUGUUUUUUAUAAAAUCAAUCACAUCUUAUUAACUAAACAUAUUCUAUAGCUAAUCUUGACUUAUAAAUAAUAAUGCAUUUAAAUAACAAAGUAUAAUAAUUUUUUUUUAUCUAAUAAGGAGGAAAUUGAAGAAUGAAGGAAAAAAUUUUUAAUAAUUUUUGAUAAAUCCAUCGUACCUGUAA